AUGAUCGUCGAGCACCUGGAGGUGAACGUCUUGAGCGUUGUGUCCCUCUACCAAGCCACUCGUUCUCUGCUCGAGAAGUCGAUCACCAAUCCUGUUUUCGCCAUCAUGGGGUCUGGAGCUGGAGGUCUAGGUCGCCAGCCUCCCGUCCCGAGUGCAGCCUACGGAGCUUCCAAGCCCAUGCUUCCGUGGUACGCUGUUCGAAUCAAUUCUGAAGGAAACAGUGCUGUGAAAGGGUAG